CCAUCAGAUGCCCCCUCCCUAGUACACUUUUGCGCUUACCCUUAGGGACACUCUCCUGGAUAGCUGCACUAGCCUCUUCUGGGAUCUUUCACUCAGCCCUCCAGCCUCCCUUUCCUGGUUUUUUCCUCCUUCCCCUCCCUCCCCCCACCUUUGUCCUGAACUUCCUUCCUCCAGAGACAAAUGUUGCUGCCUCCUCUCAAUAGGAUUGCAGAAAGAAGUUGGGAGCUCAUCAGAGAAGUUGAGCGGUACUUGUGACUCCCCCAGUUGCAGGUUCCGUGGGGCACUCUGAACCGGGACAGCGCACCUGCCACCAAAGGAAGGAGGAGCGAAAUAACUCAGUGGGGAGUGAGAGCCUGGCACUGCACUCUCUGCCCCACGAUGUUUGCACCCCGCCAUGGUCAUGGUGCCCUGACCGUUUUGGCUUCCCACUUCCUGAUCACCCUGCUCUGGACUCCAGGUCUUGCCAAUAAGGAGAUCAUGAUGAAACCAGAGAUGAGCAUUCUUGGAGAUCAAGUGGUAAUCCAGGCUGGUGGAACAUUUGACAUAACCUGCAGGGGAUUGGCUGCCAUUACCUGGACCUGGGGCACUGGGUCUGCAGGGAGUCGGGCCCGCAUCUUGGAACAUCCCUGCUCUGAUAACCCCCUUGUUACUUGCAACCAGCUCACCAUCUUCCACACAGAAGCUAGUGACACUGGAUACUUCACAUGUAGCUACAAGGAUAUCGCUGACAUCAAGGAUCCUAAUGGCAAGACCAGUGUGUAUGUGUAUGUCAAAGAUGACAACCAGGUAUUUGUGGAGACCUACUAUGAUACACCAUUGGUGAUCAACGUGUUUACUGGAACCCAAGAGGUGGUUGUGCCAUGCCGAGUUACUUCUCCUGAUGUCAGUGUUAAGCUUCAGUUGUUAUACUCUGGCACAUUUUCCUAUGUAAGCCAAAACUGGAAUCCCAGGAAAGGCUUCACUGUGACCCGACCCUCUUACCACUUCUACAGCAGCAUGCUCCAGUGCAUUGCCGAAGUUAAUGGAAAGACACACAGAUCAUUCUAUCUCCCACAGCGUCUGGAAACCAAGACAGAAAAUAUCUCCAUCAGAUACAACCACCAGAAACUUCUAAUAGGAGAUACCCUUUUCCUGCAAUGUGUUGCAGAGACCACAUUCAAUGGACGAAUCAAACUGAAUUGGGUGUUCAAUCGGCAAGAUUCCAAGACAACACCCAGGUGUUGUGAAAUUAAAAGAAAAUUGUACCAAGGAUCCCCUGUGUACAAGAGUUAUAGUAACUUGACCAUUUGGAAUGUAACUAUGGAAGACAAUGGUUUGUACAUAUGCAGGGGAGAAAACAAUGCUGCCCUGCAAGCCAACAUCACCAUCACAGUGUACAAGAAAUCAUUCCUCAAUGUGAGCUACAAGAGAAGCCGCAUUUAUGAGGUGACAGCUGGACAAAAUAUGCUCAAAAUGGGAGUAAGAGUGGAUGCUUUCCCUCACCCCAAUGUAACUUGGUUCAAGGAUGGAAAACCACUCCUAGUAAACCAUACCAUUCAACUUGACCCUGUCAAGUACAAACUCACAAUCCUGGACGUGAAUGUAAAGCAUGCAGGGAACUACACUUUUGCUCUGAGCAACAGCAAGCAUGGACUCUACAAAAACCUCACCAUACAACUGAUUGUCAAUGAAAAACCCAAGAUCUACGAGAAGGAUACAGAUUUGAAGACCAUUCAGCCAAUACUCCUAGGCAGUGAGAACACCCUUCGCUGUACAGCAAGUGGCCUGCCUGUGCCCUCCUUUAUGUGGGCUUGGGAGCCCUGCAGCCAGAAAGAUGAGUUGUGUAUGGAACGGGGCAAGCGGAUCCAGCUUUCUAAUGAGACUAUGAAAAAUUAUCUCCCUAUAAGCAACAAGAUCCUGUCAAUUGAGGAGAUGGUAGUGACAAAUGGAGAAAAAGCAAAGACUCUGAGCACCCUGAAGAUAUUGACAAGCAACAUUUCUGGUAUAUACUACUGCAUAGCUAUGAACAAAGUUGGGAUUGAUGAGAGAAGCAUACAUUUCUAUGUCUCAGAUGUGACUGACUUCAUGGAGGCAGAACCCCUGGUCUCAACAAUUGAAGGCUAUGAUGCUCAGCUCAAAUGCAAAGCAGCUAAAUAUAUCUACACUCAUCUUGCUUGGUUCAACCCCCUUGGAGAGAAGAUUCCUGUUAUAUACACAGAAAGCUUAAAAAAUAACUACUCCAUCUCAUUGACACUGGUGAUUAAGAAUGUGACCAAGAAGGAUAAAGGGCAGUAUAAAUGCAAGGCUUGGACUCAGAGGAACAUCACCAAGAUAAUGCAACAUAAUACUCAGCUCUUAAUUAGAGAAAAAGUUGCUCCAUUCAUUAUUGAGAAUCUUACCAAUAUUGAGGUUAACAGCAGUGAGAAGAUUUUGCUGGAUUGCAAAGUGAGUGGAACACCACAGCCUAACAUCCACUGGUUGAAAAAUGGGGUUCCUAUUAUUCCUGCUUCAGGGAUCUUCUUUGAAAACAACAACCUUAUUAUUGAGCGAGCCAAAAAAGAAGAUGAGGGCUUCUAUCUGUGCAAAGCGACCAAUGAGUUGGGGGAAGUCAGCACAGCAGCUGUUAUCACUGUGGAAGGCUCUGAAGAGAAAUCCAAUAUUGAAGUCAUUAUUCUUGUUUGUACUGGCCUUGCAGCUACUCUUUUCUGGCUUCUUCUCACCCUGGUCAUUCGAAAACUCCGAAAGCCCAGUGUGUCAGAAAUCAAAACUGGUUACCUUUCCAUCAUCAUGGAUCCUGAAGAGAUGCCCCUUGACCAACAGUGUGACAGGCUUCCUUAUGAUGACACUAAAUGGGAAUUCCCUAGGGACCGGUUACAAUUAGGCAAAAUUCUUGGUCAUGGUGCCUAUGGUAAAGUGGUAGAGGCUUGUGCCUUUGGCAUUGACAGAGCUUCAACUUGCAAAACAGUGGCAGUGAAAAUGCUGAAAGAUUGUGCAACUUCCAGUGAAUUUAAGGCUUUGAUGUCAGAACUGAAGAUCCUCAUUCACAUUGGUCACCACCUCAAUGUGGUUAACUUGCUAGGUGCCUGCACCAAACCUGGAGGUCCUUUGAUGGUCAUUGUAGAAUUCUGCAGAUAUGGAAAUUUGGCCAACUUUCUUAGAGGGAAGAGAGGAGAUUUUAUUUCUUCCAAGGUCCUAUUCAAUUUGGAUAAAAAGGUGAAGAUUUCUCAUGAUUCUGACUGCAAGCCUAUCCAGCUGAUUAACCGCCGUCUAGAGAGUGUGACUAGCACAGGAAGUUCCACCAGCUCUGGUUUCAUUGAGGACAAGAGCUAUAGUGAAUCUGAUGAGGAGGAAGAAAGUAGCCGCCACCUUCUGGGGGUCACAAUAACCCACCAAACAGAUUCAAAUAAUCUUUACAAGCACCCCCUCACCUUAGAGGACCUAAUCUGCUAUAGCUUCCAAGUGGCCAAGGGCAUGGAGUUCCUUGCUUCCAGAAAAUGCAUUCAUCGGGACUUGGCCGCUCGAAACAUCCUCCUAGCUGAUAAUAACAUUGUGAAGAUCUGUGACUUUGGUUUGGCCAGAGACAUCUACAAAGACCCAGAUUAUGUCUGGAAAGGAGAUGCAAGACUCCCCCUUAAAUGGAUGGCACCUGAAGCCAUUUUUGACAAAGUUUAUACUACUCAGAGUGAUGUGUGGUCAUUUGGCGUCUUGCUGUGGGAAAUAUUCUCUCUGGGUGCCUCACCAUACCCAGGAGUACAAAUAGAUGAAGAAUUCUGCCGUCAGCUUAAAGAUGGAACACGAAUGAAAUCUCCUGAAUAUUCCACUCCUGAAAUCUACCAGACUAUGCUUGACUGCUGGCACAGUGUGUGCACCCUGAGACCCAACUUCUCUGACCUGGUUGAGCGUCUUGGCGAUCUCCUUCAGGCCAGUGUUCAACAGGAUGGCAAAGACUACAUACCCCUCAAUGGCACUGGCGGAGCACCCACCUUCAUGGCCCUGGAUCCUGUACAAGAGACCAUAAAUAGUAAUAUCAUAAUGGAAGCCAGCAUUGAAUCCCAGAAGGAUCAACUGAUUGAGUCAUUUGAUGAGAUAAGGGUGGCCAAGAAAAAUGAGGAAGCUGUAUUUAAGGGCUUUGAAGAAGAUUAUGCACCUGUGUUGAAUUGGAAUGAGAUCAAGACCCAGAAACGCCUGGAAAACCACUUCUGGCCACAUGGGAUGAUGACCAUAGACCUGAAUACUGUCAUCAAGAACCAGGAGUCCCUUCAGAGUGAAACUGAGAUGGAGCUUAUGAAAUACCAUUCAGCCUUUGAGUUUGAAGAGGAAGACCAGAUUAAAGAGAUGUCCCUUCUAUCACUGGAUUCUACCAUCGAAUGCCACAGUCCACCACCCGACUAUAACUCCGUGGUCCACUACAGCACUGUACCUAUAUAACCUACUACCAGUGCCCUUUUCCAUCCCUUUCAAACUACUCCUUUUUUACCUCAGUAAUCACUAAUUAUUUUCACAUUUAUAUCAUGGUAACAGAAUUACUAACUUGAGACUGGAGAAUGAAAAGAGAAUACCUUGGCUGAGAAUCUUGAUUCUUCACAACUUUUGGGGGCACAGCUGGUCCAAGCAAGAUCCUCAGAACUGACAGAGAGAAAACACAAUGUUUAGUGCCGUUUCUCUUCCUAUUAAAUACCAAUGACCCUACUUGGGUGUGUAAAGCCCUACAACAGCACCUUCAGGAGUUCUAUAUGCACCCCCUCCCUUCAAAUUAGCCCAGUAUAUUUUCAUGAGGGCUAAUAAUCUCUGUUGAAUCAUCAAAGGCCUUUAAAGCCUCCAAUCAAGAACUGUAACCCUAUAAUAUUCAGAUCUUGGCAAUUAGUCUCCAAACAGAACUUGGUGGACUUUUACCUGGGUGUCUUUAAAAAACUAAAGCAGUCAAAUUUGCUACGGUUUGCCAGUAGAAGGGAGUUGGCAGCGAUUUACAUGCAAUGCCACCCAUGAGGGAUCCUUUGGUUUCAAGCAAUAUGUAGAAGCUCCAGUGGGAGUUGGUCAUGCUCACUAUAUUUAGGACAUUCUCCCUAUGAACUACCAGUUUUAUCACCUUUGUGUUGUUCCCAUGCCAGAAAACAUCCAAUCACACUUAGGUUGAUUUCAAGAAUACCAUGACUUUAAUACUUAAGCUCCAAGAUCCACAUGUCAUAUACACAGCAACACAUAAGGUGUGUCUGCAUGGACUCAGAGAAAAUCAGUGAAGGAAGGGUUUGUGCAUACUGCCCUUCCAGAUUGGCUUAUACUUCUCUGCUUCUAGAAAGUCCAUGUCAUUACCUCUCUGUCUAAGGAGGGAAGUGUAAUCCCCUUCCUGAGGGUCAGGGGUGACUAUGAUAAAUACUGGUUCUGUCUUUAAUCUUAUCUUUCUAAAACACCUAUUCAGUUGAAUCACAUCUGAGGAAGCAGUGUGUCCCACCUCUACCAUAAGACAGGAUCAUGAGGUCACACCAGGAUAACAAUGUGCUCAUCCCUAUAUUAUAUAGUGAGACUAUCCAUUGACUUUAGAGAUAGUGAGUUUCUCCUGAUUCAUUCCCAUAGCACUAGGGAAAAAUGGGAGUAAUCAGCACUCUACAAAAAUGAGGACCUAAAAGAUACUCUGGUUCCUUCCUACUCUCCAUUUUGUAUAUGAAAAAAAUUAAGGCUUGAAUGCAUGUUAUCUAACUACUAACCCAAUGUUUUUUCCAUUAUUUAGACCAUGUAGCCACGUGUAUAAAAACAUAAACAUUUGCUAAUGUAAAUGAUGAUGCCACUGAAA